GCGGUGGUGGAAAAGGAGGAGGAGGAGGAUAUGGAGGACUUGGAGGAGGAGGCGGCGGUGGUAAAGGAGGUGGUUACGAUAUACUUGCACUCCUUGGAGGUGGGGGUGGUGGAAAAGGAGGAGGUGGAGGUGGAGGAAAAGGUGGUUUUGGUGGUGGUGGAUAUGGAGGCGGCGGUGGAAAAGGAGGAGGAGGCGGCGGUGGUAAAGGAGGUGGUUACGAUAUACUUGAACUUUUUAAAGGUGGAGGCGGUGGAAAAGGAGGUGGUGGAGGUGGAGGAGGCGGAAAAGGAGGAUUUGGUGGUGGUGGUUAUGGAGGCGGUGGUGGAAAAGGAGGAGGAGGAGGAUAUGGAGGACUUGGAGGAGGAGGCGGCGGUGGUAAAGGAGGUGGUUACGAUAUACUUGCACUCCUUGGAGGUGGGGGUGGUGGAAAAGGAGGAGGUGGAGGUGGAGGAAAAGGUGGUUUUGGUGGUGGUGGAUAUGGAGGCGGCGGUGGAAAAGGAGGAGGAGGCGGCGGUGGUAAAGGAGGUGGUUACGAUAUACUUGAACUUUUUAAAGGUGGAGGCGGUGGAAAAGGAGGAGGUGGAGGGAGGCGGAGGAGGAUAUGGUGGACUUGGAGGAGGCGGCGGUGGUAA